GAGCCAGGACUAGCGGCUGCUGUGGGCCAGGCAGCAGUGGCGGCGGGCAUGGGCGAUGGGGGCGCGGAGCGGGACCGCGGCCCCAAGCGCCGGGAGGAGCCUGGUGGCCGCAGCGGGUGUCGUGGGGAGCACCGCGGAGCGGAAGAUUUGCGUGCUGACACGGGUAGCACGAGUCCGAGGGAGAUUGCUGGGACCUCCGCCUCCAGCCCUGCAGGCUCCAGGGAGAGCGGCGGGGACAGCGACGGACAACAGGCGCUCGGUGAGACGGACCACUGCCGCCGCAUCCUGGUACGAGAUGCCAAGGGGACCAUUCGGGAAAUUGUCCUGCCCAAGGGCCUGGACCUCGACCGACCCAAGAGGACCCGUACCUCCUUCACAGCAGAACAGCUGUAUCGUUUGGAGAUGGAGUUCCAGCGCUGCCAGUAUGUGGUGGGCCGAGAGCGCACAGAGCUGGCCCGCCAGCUGAACCUCUCUGAGACUCAGGUGAAGGUCUGGUUCCAGAACCGCCGCACCAAGCAGAAGAAGGACCAGAGCAGAGACCUGGAAAAGCGGGCAUCCUCCUCCGCCUCCGAGGCCUUUGCCACCUCCAACGUUCUGCGACUUCUGGAACAGGGCCGGCUGCUCUCCGUGCCCAGAGCUCCCAGCCUCCUAGCACUGAGCCCUGGCCUGCCAGGUCUAACCGCUGGCCACAGGGGCACCUCCUUGGGUGACCCCAGGAACUCCUCCCAACGCCUCAAUCCAAUGCCCUCAGCCUCAGCGUCGUCCCCUCUGCCACCCCCUCUGCCAGCCGUCUGCUUUUCCGCAGCUCCACUCCUGGACUUGCCCGCCAGCUACAAACUGGGGUCCUCGGCUUUUGAGCCCUACAGCAGACUAGAACAACAGAAAGUAGGCAGCCCUGGCCAAAGUGACAAGAAAGCUGACAUUUAAGAGUCCCAUCCCCGUGUGACACUGAGUCCCCAGCACAGCACUACCCUAGCCUCCUGGCCCCUGUGGACUAUACUGAGCAGGCCUGGAAGAGGAAGGAUGGGCACAGCAUGAGCCUCUCCACCUGCCCUCAGCUCAGAGACUGAACCAAAAUGACUUUGUACUCUCUGAUGUGUGAGUGCUAUGUGCGUGCGUGCGUGUGUGCGUGUGUGUGUGCGUGCGUGUGUGCGUGUGUGUGUGCAUGAGAAAGAGAGAGAGAGAGAGAGGGAGAGAGAGAGAGAGAGAGAGAGAGAGAGAGAGAGAGAGAGAGAGAAUGUGUCACUGAAAUAAAGAAGGGAACUGUCCCAGCAUCACCAACUC